AUGUCCAAAUUUUAUCGUAAUUUAUUGGAUCAAACUAGUUCAGCGAAAACAGCAGCAAUCGAAGCAAGUAGAUUAGCAUUAUCAUCUAAUAAAAAAAGGACAUUAUCUGAAGAACAAGAUAACAAUAAACCGCAAAAAACAGAUAAAGAGCUUGCAGAGGAAGCUCGCGCAUCUGGUAAAAUUGUAAUAUUAAAUGAUGAUGAUCAAAUCGUGGAUAAGCGACAAUUAUUAUCGGCGGGAUUAAAUAUAUCCAAAAAGAAGAAGACUGUUGGUUCUUCGAAGUGGUCUUCAAAAGAUUAUUAUGAUUCAAAAGAUUAUAGAUCUCAUGAUAAUAGAAGAGGUGGUGACAAAUCAAAAUAUGAAGAAAUGCGUAGACGUGAAAAACAAACAAGAUAUCUAGCAAGACAAAAAGAAAAGUAUGAAUUAAAAGUUGAAGACGAAUAA